UUCCGCUGAUGAAUAUGUCCAUGGUAACACUGUUGCACGACGUGUUGGGUUCCCAGCCAGACAUGGAAGCCUUUAUAGUAGUGACCAAUUGAGUUGAAACGAGCAAGGAGUUUUAGCACUGGUGCUUUCCCUUGCCGGCCGCGGACUCCACAAAGCCAUUCUUGCAAGUUGCAACAUACAGUAGUAGACAACACCGCCUUGCUCGUUGCCACGAUCAUCACGUCGAACCUCCUCGACCUAAACUCCUAAAACCUAUCGAUGAAUUCGAGGAUGCAACAAGUGACAUGACUCGUUUGGCCAUGCCUGCUUCUCCGCAUCUUAUAAAUCUCCCAUAGAUCUUAACACAACCCCAAACACAAGCAAACCACAAGCAUACACAAGCCAUUCCAGCUAACGAAAUCAGCAGGUAGCCAUGGCUGAGAGGGAAGGAGCGGUGGUGAAGAAGGGGCACGAGGAGGGCCUGAAGAUGGCCACGUCGCUGCUGGAGGAGUUCGGGCUUCCCCUGGGCCUGCUGCCGUUGGCCGACGUGAUCGAGGUCGGCUUCGUGCGCGCCACCGGCUACAUGUGGAUCUCGCAGAAGAAGAAGGUGGAGCACAAGUUCAAGCUGGUGAGCAAGCAGGUGAGCUACGACGUGGAGAUCACCGGGUACGUCAAGGUCAAGAGCAUCAAGAAGCUCAAGGGCGUCAAGGCCAAGGAGCUCAUGCUGUGGCCGCCCGUCAACGAGAUCAACGUCGACGACCCGCCCACCGGCAAGAUCGUCUUCAAGAGCCUCGCCGGCGUCACCAAGACCUUCCCCGUCGAGGCCUUCGCCGCCGGCCAGUAGGCUCUCUGGCCACUGCCGUCCAUCCCCCUCCGGCCGGCAGCAUUUCCUUAUACAAUUUGGCGAGUUUGUUGGUUUCAAGGGUACGAUCAUCA